AUCCCAACAAGCCCAAGAGUGACAAGGCGACGGUGCUGGGGGACAGCCUGUCAGCGCUGAGAGAGCUGCGCUCCACCGUGGCGGCGCUGAGGGCGGAACACCGCGUGCUGUCAGGGGAAGCCAAGGAGCUGUCAGCGGAGAAGCAGGAGGUGAGGCAGGAGCGGCAGCUGCUGCGCAUGGAGGUGGAGGCGCUACAGGCGCAGCUGCAGAUGCGCAUGCACGCCAUGCUGCCCUGGCUCCCCCCCUCCGCCCUCCCCUCCUUCCCCUUCCCCUCCUCCUCCUCCUCCCCUUCGUCCUCCUUCCCCUCCACUGCCACCCUCUCUGCUCUUGCCGCCUCCCUCCGCCCUCCCAACGGGGCAGCACACUCUUCUGCUGCUGCCUCUGCUGCUGCUGCUGCUGCUGCUGCUGCUGCUUCUCCCUACGCACCAGUUCAUCCUGCUACUGCUACUGCUACUGCUGCUGCUGCUGCUGCCAUGGCUGCUCCUAACGGGGCAGCGCACCCUUUUUCUCCUGCUAACGCGGGAGUGACACAUGGUCCAACCGGUUGGACAACACCCUCUGCUGCCACCGCAAAUGGGACACCACACGCUGCUGCUUCUGUGGCAGUUCCUGAUGGUGCGGCAAGUGCUGCAGUGGAUGGUGCAAAUGCGAACCCCUUCGCCCCUGCUUCUACCGCUUCUAACAGCGUUCUUCCAGCGUUUGCUGUUUCUCAGGCCGUUCCAAGCAGCAUGGGUCACAGCAGCGGCAGCUCGAGCUCCCUGCUUGGGAACCCCGGUUUGCAGCAGAAAACUGAAGGUGAAAUGGUGGGAGCUGCUGAGAUGAGGCAGCAGCAGGUGAGCUGGCAGAACGCUCAACUGCAGCAGACCGUGGUGCAGCAGCAGCCUUUGUAUCCGCUGCAGCCCCCACAUCAGCAGGAGCAGCAUUCACAUGAGCAGCAGCAGCAGCAGCAGCAGCAGCAGCAGCAGCAGCAGCAGCAGCAGCAGCAGCAGCAGCAGCAGCAGCAGCAACGGUUACAACCGGACCAUCUGCUACAGCACCCACAUUACAAACAGCACCAGCACCAGCACCACCAACAGCAACAGCAACAGCAGGUCACAUCUAUAGGCUACCUACAUGGAAACCAUGCCAUCCCCCCUCUCGUUCCACCACCGGGUUUCACCCCAUCCCCGGCCGCUGCUGCCCUCCCUGCUUGUCCCUUCGCCGUCCCCUCUGCUCUCCCCCCCACCGCCCUCUCUAACUCCCCCUCCGCCCCCCCUGCUACUGCUCCCCCUACUGUUCCUGCCACGCAACUCGAAGCAGCAGCCACCGUGCCUGCGCCACUCUUAACCCUACCACCCAGAACGAACCUCUCUACAUCCCCAUCACUGGCCGCACCGUAUGUGACACCACCAACCACCGCACAUUUCCGGGUGUCAGCAUCGGUCACACACUCGCAGCCGGCACCACUUGUGACACACUCCCUGGCGCCACCACCUGUGACACUCCCAAGAGCAUCACCACCCUCAGGGAAGGACCUGACACUAUCCCUGAGCGGUGCAGGCUUCAGCAGUGCUCACAACAGCAGCAGCUCGCUGCAGCAGGCACAGCCUGGACGCAGUCUUGUGGGGCCAGCAGCAGCAGGUGAAAGCAGAAUGUUGGGCAAGUUAGCAGAGGAGCACGGAAUACAUGGAACAACAGCAGGUGAGCAGGGGAUGCAUGGGGCAGCAGGUGAGCAGGGGAUAGAGAGGGCAGCAAAGGACCAGCAGGGGACGCAGGUGGCAGCAGCAGCAGCAGCAGGCGACGAGAGCGUGCUGAGGCAUGCUGUGAACGAAUGCACACAGCCGAGGGUAGCAGGAGGCAGUCAGGAAACGCAGAGGAUACCACAAGACCAGCAGGGCAAGCAGGCGACAGCAGCAGCAGGCGACGAUAGCAUGCUGAGGCAUGCUAUGAACGGAACCACACAGCCGGGGGCAGCAGGAAGUGCAGAGGAGAAGGGCGCGGUUGAGAACUCUCAGGAAGGCCUUCUGCCAAAAGUGGUGGGCUCGAGUGUGAGUGACUGUCAAGAACCCCUCUUACCACAACACGUGGGCUCAAGUGCUGCCGACUCUCGAGAACCUCUAAGCUUGACAUCGGGGGUGGUCCGCAAAUGGGCUGUGGAUGGACGGGAGGAGGGUGCAGAGCGAUUAGUUUUUGCUAAGUCUCCAAAAUUAGCUGAGGAAGAGGGCAGACGGGAGGGAUGGGUGGGUUCUCCCCUCGAGGGGUGUGGGCAGGGGCGGCUGGGGAAUGUAAAGGAGGAGGAGAAGGGGGAGGAGAAGGAGGAAGGAGGUGGUGGUAGGGGUGAUCAAACAGGGGAUGAGGAGAUGGAGACGGCGGAGAAGGUGGGGGAGCAGAGCAGGAAGCGCAACUGGCUUUCGCUGUUCUGA